CAGGAACGAGCGACCGAGCGUGUCCCGCACCUGCCCCGCCAUGCGUCGGCCAUUUCAACCGCCGACAUUGCCCUGGGUGGCUAGCCCAUUUGGCGAAAUCUCGUGAGCACUGCACAGCUCUGAGCUCAUCGACGUCGAACCAAGCACCCAUCCCGCCUCUCCCCAUCCCCCCGGCUCGACAUCCAACUGCCGCCCUGCAAUUGGACGCGCACGACCAUGCGCAUUCAUCGCACAAACAACACAACGCGUUUCUAGCUUGUCGCUGCCGCAGAGCUCCGCACCGCCUCCCCCUUCUCCACCCACAACAACCUCGACGCCAGACCAGACCACCGCCAACAUGGUCAAGUUCUACUCCUCUACCGACACCUACCCGUACCCCUUCCCCGCCGUCACCCUCGCCUACUUCCUCCGCUACCCGAAUCCCUACUCCACGCACGUCAUCUCCACCGACACCAUCGCCCGCGACUUCGACCCCGACACCCAGCGCCUCACCACCAUCCGCCUGCAUCUCAAGCGCUCCAAGCUGCCCUCCGCCGUCACAAAGCUGCUCCCGCGCUCGCUGCUCGGCGCCUCGGCCACCGGCGACACGCAGUCGUACAUCCUCGAGAAGUCGGUCGUCGACGUCAAGGAAGGAUGGAUGGAUACCGAGUCGCGAAAUCUGGAGUGGACCGGCGUGCUCUCCGUCAUCGAGCGGCAAAUUUUCCGGCGCCCUGUGCCCGACGUACCGGACGACAUCAAAGCGUUCCAAGGCAUGGAGGGCGCCGCGCGACGACACGGCUUCCUCAACUUCGGUGGUGCCGGUGCCGGUGCGAAGGUUGGUGUCGAUCUUAACGGCGAGACGACGGACGUCGAGAGCUCUGUGACGCUGCACUCGCACGUCGGCGAAACGUGGAGGAAGAAGCGGGCAGCUGCCUCCGAGGGCUCCUCGUCUUCCUCCGAGGAUGAACAGACCCAGAAAGUUGGCUUUCUGAGGAGUUGGGGCACCGCGACGCUGCAGCGAAACAUUGAAAAGAUCGGACUAACGAGGACACUGAGGAGCCAGCCGAACGCGCGGGAGGGCAUGAAGGUCGUGCUAGAGCGCAUGCGUGAGGGCGGGCUCGUCGGCGUGCUGGAGGGCAUGCGGAAGGACCGCGAGGCCAUCCUUCAAGGUCGGGAUCACAUCAAGAAGGAUGGCCCGCCGCGUGCAGGCGAGGAGUAGUCAUGCCUCCUGCACCUCUCUCCCUCGCCUCUUCACAGGCCGUCAAAGACAUCACAAGGCUUCCACGGCACGAAAGCACACAACAGCGAACUUUUUGGGUUUUUCAUUAGCGAUGGCGUUUGGAUUUCUCCCUCUCCUACUAUCCCGUAACAUAUCAUCCGUGCGUCCGACUUUUCCCUUUCUUGCCCUUCGCUCUUCAUGUUGAAUGCUUGGGGUUUUGUUUUACUAUCAUCUCGCUCCCUCAGCCACGACUGUUCUGUAUAUGAGGUCGGCUGCUUUUGUAUCAUAGCGCAUGCGUUACGAGGGCGGCACGCGACGGUCGCAACUUUGUAGGAUGCAAAAAUGUGAGAUAACGGAAUGACAAUCUUGAAC